ACUAGGGGAAUCUAUAGUGUUACUACAGGGGUUGGGGAUCAGGGGUCAGAGGACAUACCAGUCUGCCCAGUCCCCAUUACAGUCCUGCUAAGGAGCCUUCCUCAGAGAACCUAUGGUCUCUUUUUCUGGAGGGGGGACUUCCUUGCUUCUCGUUUUGCUAGGGAUGUUUAUUUGGUUGAUGUUAACUUCCAUUCUAAGCCCCAGGACUUUUAUUCUGACGAGUUGCAACCCCUACACUGGCACCUCCUACUAUCAGCACAUACACUUAGUUCAGAUGCCCUUACUUGGGCAAGGGUGCUUUCCUUCAGAUACCCCAGCAGCUCAUAUUUUGACAAGGGGACCCUUUCCCUUAGUCUAAGGUCCCAUAUUUGGUCAAGCUGCCUGCCUACCUCAGCCCAGCUUUGCUUAUUCUGGGGGAGGCAAUGCCCUACUGUUAUCCCAGGGCUCUAUGGUUUUUUUUUUGUUUGGUUGGGUUUUUUUUGGUGAGGGGAUCCACUGUGGGGUUUUUUUGUGUGUGUGUGUGUUUGUGUGAGGGGAUCCACUGUUAUCCCAAGUGCUCUUAUUCUGGGGAGGAAAACCCUACUUCCAUGACUUGGGAAGGAAUGGGGAGAUUGGCAACAUCAGAGACUAGAAUGGGGCAGAUGGUUUGGGGGGGGGGAUGUGAAGGGGGAAAUAAGUUUUGUUACCUGUUCUGGGGCCCUCCUUUCCAACUUUUGCAGAUUCUUGCUGCCUAGGAGCCAGGAUUGUCCAGAUUAAAAAAAAAAAAAGUAAAAUACACAUGUAUUGGGGGUAGGGAAGUUCCACAUGUGCUCUCUCCCUUUCCCCCCUGCCUGGAUUUAAAAAGCCAUGUGUGGAGGCCCACUAUUUAAUAAACAUAAUAGAAUCAGAAGUGACUGCCUAUUCAUAGAUCCAGCAAGGCAUUUAUAGAAUGUUUACUGUAGGCUGAGCCAAGAGGGAGAUUAGAUGGACAUCUCCUCUUUGAAGAAGCCUCAGUCUUGGAAACCCUGGUGGUGUAGUGGUUAAGUGCUGCAGCUCCUAACCAAAAGGUUGGCAAUUUGAAUCCACCAGGCGCUUCUUGGAAACUCUAUGGGGCAGUUCUACUCUGUCCUAUAGAGUCACUAUGAGUCGGAAUCGACUCGAUGGCAUUGGGUUUGGUUGUUUUCAGUCUUGUGGUACCUAAAGAAUUUGUAUGGGUUUAUUGAAGCAGCACUGCAAAGAAAAGCUAUUUCCCCCCUAGAACUUACGUAGCUGUUAAGUAUUUGCAGAAGUGCUCCACUGGAGAUAAUUGGGAGACAUAAAAGAUGCUUCUCCCUUUACUUCCCCUUACCUGCUCAUCCUCUCAUCUCUACUUCCUCAACUCUUGACUUAACGUGCCCUGCACUAUUUUAUCUUGGCUUCACUUGUCCUGACCUCAGCUGUCCCCUCCUGCCCUGCUUUCAAAUGCUAUCUACUCUGCGAGCCUCUUUGUCUGCUGGCGUACCUGCCCUGCCCUUUCCUGCUUGCCCCUUACCGGCUGACUUAGCCGCUGCCAUCUCACUUUUCCAUCCUCAACGGUGGUUCACCUGUCCUCCCCUCUUCUUUCAGCCUCAAUUCUGUGCUUUCCUAGUUGUAUGUUCUCAAUUGUUCUACUUUUAUAUGCUAGCUUGCCUACUUGACCCUCACCUGCUUAUACUCAAUUCUCAUUUCCCUCUCUCAUUGCCGGCGGCUCCCCUAGGGGGCGGGAGCCUAGCUGGGAGAGAGGAAAAUGAAAUUUCAGUCCAGCUGGGAAGGACCCAGGAGUUUCUGAUACAGAAAGGGAAGUGCCAAUAAAGAGCCAAGAUAGAUGUUUAAAGUAGGGGGAGGGGACAGACCCAAUGCUACUGAACCAAUGAGAGGAAGGGAAAGGAUGUGCGGGUGAUAAAUGGAAAACGGGAUCAAAGAGGUGGGGGAACAAGAAGAGGGCGGGUCUAAUGGUGGAAUGGACCAAUAAAGAUUUGCAAAGUCGGUGUGAGGCCGAAUUGGCCGUAUCCUCAGUCUCCCGGUCCCGAUGGAAUUUGGAAAUCCCCAGGAUGCCCUCAUAUUCAGCCUUAAGGAGCAGGCGAAGAAAACCACCACUCUAGCGUUUUUUAGCGUACCCUGCACUUCCCCUCUUCAAGCCGGAGACCCGGAAGCGGAAGUGACGGACAAGGAAGUGACCUGCUGUUGCCCUGGGGACAGGCCGGGCAGAUGCCAACAUGGCAGCGGUUGGGGCUGGCAGCUCAACUGCGGCACCCGGGCCAGGGGUGGUCUCCGCGGGGGCGUUGGAGCCUGGGACCACGAGUGCGGAGUUACUUCUCACUCAGGAGAGGGAGAGGGGGGGUCGAGGUGGGUGUCCAGGGUCUGCUCAGCCACCAGAUACCUCAGUAAGCAUUCCAGAAAUGGCUCACCGGCGCCUCAAGUACAUAUCCCUAGCUGUGCUGGUGGUCCAGAAUGCCUCCCUCAUCCUCAGCAUCCGCUAUGCCCGCACAUUGCCUGGGGACCGCUUCUUUGCCACCACCGCUGUGGUUAUGGCUGAAGUGCUCAAAGGUCUCACCUGCUUGCUGCUGCUCUUCGCACAGAAGAGGGGUAACCUGAAGCACCUGGUUCUCUUCCUUCACGAGGCUGUCCUUGUGCAGUAUGUGGACACACUCAAGCUCGCAGUGCCCUCUCUCAUCUAUACCUUGCAGAAUAACCUCCAGUAUGUUGCUAUUUCCAACCUACCAGCUGCCACUUUCCAGGUGACGUACCAGCUGAAGAUCCUGACCACGGCACUGUUCUCCGUGCUUAUGCUGAACCGCAGCCUUUCACGGCUGCAGUGGGCCUCCCUGCUGCUUCUCUUCACUGGUGUCGCCAUUGUCCAGGCGCAGCAAGCUGGUGGUGGGAGCCCACGGCCACUGGAUCAGAACCCCGGGGUAGGCCUUGCAGCUGUGGUAGCCUCCUGUCUCUCCUCAGGCUUCGCAGGUGUCUACUUUGAGAAGAUCCUCAAAGGCAGCUCAGGCUCCGUGUGGCUGCGCAACCUGCAGCUCGGCCUCUUCGGCACAGCACUGGGCCUGGUGGGGCUCUGGUGGGCUGAGGGUACCGCUGUGGCCCACCGCGGCUUCUUUUUUGGGUACACGCCUGCUGUCUGGGGCGUAGUGCUCAACCAGGCCUUUGGUGGGCUCCUGGUGGCUGUUGUUGUCAAGUACGCCGACAACAUUCUCAAGGGCUUUGCCACCUCCCUGUCCAUAGUACUGUCCACAGUUGCCUCCAUUCGCCUCUUUGGUUUCCAUGUGGACCCGUUAUUCGCCCUUGGUGCCGGGCUUGUCAUCGGUGCCGUCUACCUCUACAGCCUUCCCCGAGGUACAGCCAAAGCCAUAGCUUCCGUCUCCGGGCCCUGCAUGCACCAGCAGCCUCCGGGGCAGCCACCACCGCCGCAGCUGUCUUCCCACCGUGGAGACCUCAUCACGGAGCCCUUUCUGCCAAAGUCAGUGCUGGUGAAGUGAGGGCUGGCAGUGGUGGAGGGGGGAGAUACAGAGGGAACUGGGGUGGAGGGCGUUGGGCAUCUUAAGGUCUCAAGUCUCUGCUGGGGCCUGGCUCUUCUGGGGCUGGAAGGCAGUCUUUUCUCCCAGGUCAUUGAGACGUCGGGGAUGUGGCAUGGGACUAGGGCUAGGCAUCACAUCACCCUUCCUGGUAGGCUUGCCCCCUUUUUCCUGGAGGGGUUUUUAGAACUGCUGCCUCUGCCCCAGUCCAACCCCUUUGGGGACAGGGUUGGGGAUGUCAUUCAAAGCUUUUUUGUCUGCCUCCCUCUGCUGGUGUUGUCCUCUCUCACAUCUGGGAGUCCCAGCCAUUCCUCCUCUUUAAGAACAAAUUGGACAGAAACCUACUGCUCUCUAGUAAAUCACUAAUGCCUACCUGUGGGGUUCAGUUUCCCAUGGUUUGAGGCCUUCUCUCCUCCCUCACAACCACACUGGAUCAUGUUAGUAGGUUGGUCUUCUGUGUGGCCUUGGGGCUGCUUCUCUGACCGAGACCCUUGAAACUGGGCUUCUUGUGAAUGCCCAGGAAGAGGAAAGAGCAAUUAUUCAUGGCUGCUGAAAUUUUCACAUCAGCCUCUUCUGGGGGAGGGUGCCAUAGGGGCUGUUUGUUUUUUAGUGGUUUUUUUUUUUCUUUUUUGAUCAACAAUAUAAUCAGAUAAUUAAUGAUCCAGGGUAGAGGAAGAGGGUAAGGGGGCCCUUGCUGCCAGUGGCUGAAUCGCAUUCAAUCUAAGACACUGUCAGCUGCCGGAUGCAGUUAUUUUCUGAUAUCCGGAGAAGAAAAUUAGAGCUGUCAACCACACUUUUGAUACCCUAUUGGCUGUAUGAUGCACCCUUAUUGUUUGUGUGUGUGUGUGUGUGUGUGUGUGUGUGUGUGUAUGGGGGGGGUCUUAGAAUUGAUGAAAUGUGGAACCUGCCCCCUGCAUUCCCCAAAGCUUAUUAACCUCUUAACUCUAUGCCAGUGUGUGCACGCACGCGUGUGUGUGCGCGCACGCGCGCCUGGGAGAUGCCUGGGUUCUUUGCUGUUUGUAAAUAGAGCUAUUGGAUCUUUAUUUUUGAUUAAUUUGUUCUGAUUUUUUGGUUUGUUUUCUAAGGAACUGUAAUGAACAAAUGUCAGGAUACGCAAUGCCAAAUAAAGAUGUUGUAUUUAUUUA